AUGGCUCUGCCGGCGGAAAGCAGCACUUUGAUGGGGAAUGAUACGGCGAACAGGGCCACGAAGAGACGGCGUAAGGCUAUAAAAUCGUGCACUUUCUGCAGGAAGAGGAAGCUGAAAUGCGAUCAUGCCAAACCCAUGUGCAAGCAGUGCAGGGAUAGAAAACUACCGAAUUGCAUAUACACGGAUGAUUUCAACUACGAUAUCACUACAGAUGAGCUUUUUGGCAACUCUCCAAAUGUUGAUUUGAUCCAGCGGGUGAAAGAGCUGGAGGCGAGGUUGGAAUCUUUCUCAAAAAUGAACGAGGAGUAUAGCUGCAAGAGGAGUGCGGAUAUAACGCCGCAAUCGAUGAGUACCUGUCAGACUAAUACAACGCCUUCUACGGAUAACACGACCGCAAGGAGCUCCAUUUCAUGUCUUUAUACCGGUAAUCCAAUCGACGCAGUAGCAGCUGGUACUGCCGCCGCAAAUGCGAGUGCGGGUGCUAAUGCUGCUGGAACAGCAUCUACAGAUGCGGGCAUCGUCAAUGGCAAUGGAGUAGUCACUUGUUUUAUGUACAACGAUAAGAGCUCGCCUAAUCCACUUUGGGACUAUAGAAUUCUGAGCAAGAUGGACGGGCAAAGCAUUAUUUUUGGACCAACUUCUUGGAGAACUACAGUUGCCGCACAGGGGAAACGAUUCCUAGCCGAGUACAUGAAGUUAUGGGAAAUGAUUAAACCAGAAAGGGAGAGAUGGAUGAUUCAAAAUUCCAAUCCCAAUUUUUGUUCACCUGUUUUACCUUUCUGUCUGAGAUCAAGCGAACCAACGGGCCUUAUUGAAUCAAUUUGUAAAGUUCUGCCGUCCAAGCAAGAUAUUGUGAAAGAUAUUGAUUUUUUUUUCAAUAGUAGUUUGCAUGAUAUUUUAGGAAUCCUGGAUAAGGAGAAAACUUUGAAAGAUCUCGGAGACUGCUUUGUAUUUUCGGAGAAUAGCAUGGUCGGAUUCGGCAAACCCGUAAUCGAUUUAGUAUUACCUCAAAACGAUGGAAAUUUCUAUAAAAUUGCCGUUAUUUUGAUGAUUAUAUGCAUUGUUGAAUACGACGGUUGUAUUCAGCAAGCAAUAAACAAGUUCUUCCUGUCAUUAAGCGCUCAUAAUAGCUCUUCAAGAUUAAAUUUCGUUGAAAGAUUACAAUUCUUGUUAUUAAGGUUUUUCAAUAAGGUAUAUUGUUCAUAUGAUUGCAGUGAAGCAAUUCAGCUUUCAAAUUUAUCCUCUGAAAUUUGUGAUUGCUCAUUAACUUUAGGUUUGUCACAUUCGGAUUUUUGGUAUAAGGAUCAAGAAUGCAUUGUUGGACCAUUGGCGACUUUGCGAAAUAUGUGGCUAUGGUCGUUAUACGUUGAUGUCGUGGUUAGUUUUGAAAUGGGCAAACCGCCUUUCAUAUCUGAUGACCACUUCGAUCCUGCAAAAACUUUUGAUAACACUACGAUGGACACAGAAACAGAGCCAAAUACGAAUCCUUCUUCAAAUCCAACUGAUCAUGAAACCAUUGAGAAAAGCAUUCAAGAGAGAAGAAAUAAUCUUCUAUUACAAUUUUUGAAAAUCACAAGAAAAUGUAUGCUAGAAAUCAAUGGAAGAAGCACCUCUGGAAACAUCCAAGAAUGUAUUGAUUCAUUGAUAAAUUAUGUUGAGACAAUGUUUUUGCCAAUUAAAUUUUACACAAUGAAGGAAAAAAUUCAACUUGUUGAUCUUUUUGAUAUUGUUGUCUUGUCACCUACACUUGGAAUGUUAUUAAAUUUUCAUAAUAUUCAAAGAAUGUGUUUCAAGGAAACGUCUCAUAAAGUUAAAAAUGGAUUGGUCAAGUUUGGUUUACUUUCAUUAUCACUUUCUGUAAAUAUACUUUUGUUCAUUUGUGAUAAGGAAGGAAUAGAUUCAAAUGAACAGUUACAUUUAGUCCUCUUUUUGAUCAAUCCUUUAUUAUUGAGAGUACUAUCUGAAAUGUAUGCGCUAUUCUUCUACAGAGUUUCUCUGUUUGAAAGAGGCGUCGUUACAUUAUGUGAUCAUGGUAUCUCGGAGGUCAGUAUUGAUAGUUUGAAAUCGCCUGAGACGUCAUAUUAUUCUUUCAAUGCAACAAUUUUGAAAUUUAGAAGAACAAUUGAUCAACUUUUCGAUUCAACACGAAGUGAUCUACAGAAGAAGAUUAGCAAGUCUUAUCAGUUAACCACAGCUCUCGCUUUGGAACGUGUCAGUAGAACAUUGUUCGAUAAGGGACUGGAAUCCCGUACAAUGACUGAAAACUCAUGUGGUAUAAAUGAUGAGAACUUUAUUUCUGAAGAUCUAUUGAAUCAAAUGACUGACAUAUUUUGGAAUAAUUAUGAACAGCAAUCCCAAGAUUUAUGGCACAUGAAACCGCAGGAUUUUUAUGCGAAUUUGGGUUUCUCUCAACUUGAUAUUGACCUAGAUCUUAAAGAAUAG